AAUGCGAAAAAUCAGAAACUCUCCGCCAUUCUAGACGUGUAAACACUUUUAUGAUUUUCAGAAAAAAUCAUAUUUUUUCUUUGAAUUAAAAGUACCUUUUCUCUGAGGACAAGAAACGACGUUUGAUUGGUGACACUCUGUCGUCUCAUUACGUGGGCCAAUAUCUAGGUCACGCAGUCACUCAGUACUAGGCCUAUUGGUCUUUAGAGGACAUUAUCUUAGAACACCACAACUUCUAUUCCGCAGUGCAUCCUUCUUUAAAUUAUCACAAUAACAAGACAAGAUUUUUCCCAUUUAUUGACUCUGAAAGAUGGACUGACAUUGUAGAAUGGCUGCUGGUUAUCAGGCCGUUUUAGAGAAUGGAGGAGGACAUAGCUAUUAUAGGUAACAAUGAAGAGGACCCUACAACAGAGAGCACCACCGCGGGGACAGGAAGCCACUUCAACAAUCUCCAGCUGAGUUUUACCAGCCACGAAAAAGAUGGCUCCCUCCACGCAUUACAGACGGCGUACAGCGAAGUGAAGAAACGACUGCAGGAACAGGUGAAUAAGAAUGCGAUACUACAGACCUCAAUCCGGGAAAUGGAGAUGCAGCGCAUUUCUAGCGGACGUCCAAACUCGGGGGUAUUUGGUGCGGCUGGACCGCCAUGUGAGCCUGAGCAGGAUCUUCAGGCACAGUAUCGCGCGGAAUUUGGAUUUGCACAAAGUUUAGAAAGACAGGUGAUUCGGGCCAAAAGUACUUUAUCAAAACUUGAAAGUGAAAAUAAACAUCUGAUUAAAAAGUUGACUCAGGUUGAAGAGGAAUUAAAACAAUAUAAAGCUAGAGAUAUUGAAAAAACAAAAGAAAUAGAGAGAUUAAGAGAAAAAUUGCAAAGUCAAGCAUUAGAAAACCAAGCAUUGAAUCGAGAGGUGGACAAGUUAAAGAAACGUGAUGCUAAUGCAGAUGAUUCUCAAGAUUUACAAACUCAAAUUCGGCAGAAAGAUGCAGAGAUUUUACAAUUGAAGCAGAGCCUUAAGGAUCGGGAAUCAGGGAUACCUUCCCUUAAUUCUAUCUCGAUGGAGGACGAGAAAAAGAUCCUGGAACAAGUGGAGCGAUACAGCAAAACGAUCAAAACUCUGAAAGCUCAGGUGCAGGAACAGGGAAAAAUGCUGGUCAGACAGCAGGAGGCCAUCAGAAAACUUAUAGACAAUUCUAGAUCCUCCAGUCUUGGAUCCACCACUUCUCGUUAUGCAGCAGAAGGUUCCUCUUUUGUGUCUUCAACUGAGACCCAGCUGCCCCCCAAAACCACGGACCUCACCGGUCACACAGUGGACGUCUACGCCCAGCGAAAACCACUCCCUCUCACCUCCAGCUUUCCCACACUACAGACAUUACCCGUGGAUGAAAGCACACACAAUCUGGAUCAGCAUUUUCAACAGCUGAAUUUCGGAAAACCUGCAGUGGAGAAUAAGUACACAAGAGGACCAAAGGAAAGUGAAUAUUUACAAACAGGGAGGGGAUUUUCUGAUAAAUACCCAUCACCACUAGGAGCACUGAACAAAGAGAGCACCAGCCCCAGACAUAUCUCAUCAGCUAGUCAAUCUCCAAAACAAGAUAUAGAGGCCACAUAUCCUAUUGCUACCAAACCUUCCAGCACUGCCAUGAAAAAAUCAGUUCCCACCCAAGACGUCAGUCUUUACGAAAACCUGGACGUUCUGACUGAAGUGGGAAAUUCAGAGAGGGGCAGGUUUAUGGAGGACAGGAAAUCUUACAAUAUUCCUGGCUCUUCAAGUCACCACUAUGCUCCUGAACUUGGUGAUUAUGUGAAACUAAAAGACGUCCCAGGGAAUAUCCCUGUAAUAUCUCCCCGCGUGAAGGUUUUGCCACCAGACGAACAAAUCGGUAAAACUCCGUAUCGAAUGCCCCAGGAACACAACAGUGGGGGACUAUCUCCCCCUAAUUCUGCAGUUAGGCCUCCCUCCUCACAGAUAAGGAGUGAGGAGACCGAGGUUAAAAAUAAACCCUUCCUCCAGCCUUCUGUCGGGCGAGUCCCGCAGGAGAAUGCGAUGAAGCCAGAAAUACGCACAGUGCCUGGUAAUAUGACUCCCGCUAGUACGGGAACUAGGCCAAAACAGGUUGUUCAGAAAAGUCCUUCAGGAAAUUCACAGAUAUGUCCGGUCUGUGGACAAAACUUUGUUAAUAUUAGUAUGGAAAAUUUCCAAAUGCAUGUGUUUAACUGUAUGGAUAAUGACUCUGAGGAGUGCAUGACUUUACGAAAUGUAACCCCUCCCAUAAGAAAUGUGUCCCCGCCCCUAAGAAACGUGUCCCCACCCCUGAGAAAUGUGUCAACAAAGCAGACAUCGGAGAAAGAUAUCAGGAUUUGUCCAAUGUGUGAUGCUAGCUAUCCGGCAGAAUUACAGGCCGAGUUUGAACGACACGUACAAGAACAUUUCGGGGAAGAACCAAUUGCAGACCGAUUUGAAGUUUUACAUCCUUAAUUUUAUUUUAAUUCAGUGAUUUGUUAUUUAUUGGUUUAACUUGUUAGGUAACAAAUUGUAAUUUUAAAAUAAUUUUUCUUUUCAGGUUAUAGGAAAUUAAAAUAUUCGUUUCAAGUAUUUUACUCUAUAAAAACAUCAACUGAAUAUUUAUUCCUUUAAUAAUAUAAAAAUGGAUGACUAUUUCUCUGAAGAUGCAAUAAGAAUUGACUCCUAAACAAGGUAGAUUUAUUUUUAAAGCCAAUUUUAGCUCCAUUAGGAAAAAAAUGUUUAAAGUUUAUCAUUUUACUUACUAAAAUGUAAUGAACAGAUUGAAAUUCAAUAUUUUAUUUUAUUUUUUUUUUUUUUACAUACUUUCACACUUUUUCUAUGAAUAAUUCAAAAUGAUGUAGAGAUGACCUAUAAAAUGUGGAAUAAAACUUGCAAUCAUUACAGAAUAGAUAUCUUGUUAAUGCAAGUUAUGUAUUAAUUCUGCAAUGUUGCCUGCAUUGUAUCUGAUGCAACAAGAACAGCAAUGUAAUAUAUUGAAAGCUUAAAAACAUCAUUUAGUCAGGCAGCUUGUCUGCAGUUCAAAACAAGUAAAAUUAUAUACAGAUCUUGGUUACUGUAAAUGUAUUAUAUUUAGCGUGUAUGAUAUUUGGCGGAAAUUGAUUUUUGAACAAGUUAGCGCCGAUUUGAAUAAAUGCAUUUCUCAGUGUUCCUAUUUAUAUGUAUAUGUGCAAGACAUUUAGCGUUGUACUUGAAUUAGCGGAAGUUUCUCUCCGCCAAAAGCGCUAAAAAGAAUACACAGCCAAAUGUAAUACGUUUACAGUAUUCUCCCAAAAUUUAAGAACCUUUUUGGAAAUUUUGAUCUUUGCAUUUAUGAGUAGAAACAUUUGUUUACGUUUUAAAGGUAGUUACAUUUUCACCAUAGCAAGUCAGAAUGAAUUUUACUGCUGUUUUCCCAUGUUUAUGUUUUCCAGUGUGAAUUUUAAUGAAGCUUAUUAUAAAUUUCACAAUUACAUGGAGAGACUGCCAUUAUGGUGGCACUUAUGUCUGAGUCAGCCUUAUUGUUGCUAGAUAGGAUACGUGUAGACUAGUUUCUGUGAACAAGAAUGUAAGGUUACUGUGUUAUUUAUGUGUAUAUGAUUGUACAUGUAUGUGUCUAUCUUUUUAGUAGUCAUGUUUAAGAAAAUUUAAAGUACCUGGUUAUUUCAUAAAUCUGAUGUAGCGGAUUAAGUUUGAGGUUUUUAAAGUUUCAUGAAGAUAUUAAUUUAUAUAAUGAGUUUUAAAAAAAAAAAAUGUUUAAAUAGCUAACAAGACAAAUUUGCUAUUGGUUGAGCUAGAAUUGUUAAUAAAUGGAUGUAAGAGAGUUGUUUUAAUAAUAAAAUAUUAAUGUUAACAUGGUUAA